UCUUAUGUGAGAUACUGACUCAAAAAGGAGGAAAUAUACUUUCAAAUCCUUCCAUCCUUAAAGUAUAUUAUCUUACCAUUACAUUUGAAUCAAAAGCUGGCACUGCAACAUGCACUGCAAAGGGUCAUCCCAAGCCGUCCUCUGUUAUGAUAUACAAUGAUGGGAAAGUGAUUAAGCAUGGGACACUUACGGCUUCUGUGAAAAUUAAUGAAGAGUUUUGUAAAACAAACAUUACAUGCUAUGCAGAGAAUGGAGAGGUUAACGCAACAGAAACACUGAAGCCAUGUAACACAGUUCCAUCUAGUUACAUUACCCUGACCAUUGGAAUGAUUUUUGUUGGCGUCUUUGUUGGUUGCUUUGGGCUAGUUGCUGGUUCGAUCGGCUACAAUAGGAUUAAACAGAAAUCUGAAGCCAUGCGAAGUACCGACACCAGAAAGCAAGAUACUUACACGUCAUACAUAGUAGAUACUGGCGAUGAGAACCAUACUUAUCAAGAUCUGCAGGACGCAAAUGCAGAAACAAAUUACGUUAAUGCCAAGACUUACACGUCAUACAUAGUAGAUACUGGCGAUGAGAGCCAUACUUAUCAAGAUCUACAGGAAGCAAAUGCAGAAACAGAUUACGUUAAUGCCAGGGUGGGAAAGUACAAAAAGUGAACCCUUUGUCGAAAAGAGCUUGUUUGUUUUGAUACAGGAGUAUGACUUCAAUCUCUACAAACUGUAACGAUGUUUGCUUUGGCAAUGUACCUCCAUGAUGUUUGGCUUAAUACAAAAUAUAUGAUUGAAAUAAGUCAGCUGUGGAGCUCGUUAAUUUUAAGAAAUAUUAAUACUAGCAAAAGCAAAACAGAAUAAAUUGACAAAAAGUGUACAUGUAUUACUGAAUAUACUUGACAGUUGUAUUUUAAGUUUUCUUCUCGAUGGGUACAAUAUACUAGUAAUUUUAUAGAUUUUAAUUACAGGAUAUAGCCAGUCUAAAGUUGAAGCAUAAAAAUCGGCGAUAAUGGAAUUUAUCUAUAAUAAGUCGUCCAACCCAGCCAGCAGAAUACCGUACUCGCGCGAAUAAGCGCCCGGGCGCUUAACAUAUUUUUGGCUCUUUGGGGGGCGCUUAUUCAAAUGGGUUGUUUAUUCAAACGGGGCGCUUAUAAAACAGAGUGGAAAUUGAAAGGGCGCUUGUGAAUAUAGAUGAAAAUUGAAGGAGUGCUUAUGAGAAAUUGGAAAAUUCAAGGGCACUUUUGUUUUAAUCGAAGAUAAGUGAAUGGUUUUGGUGAAGAAAAGGUAAUCGUCGAGACAUGGCUCAUGACAAAAUGUUGGGGGUACACAAAAGCAGAUGAAAUUAGUGGUGGUGGUGGUGGUGGUAGCGUUUUGGCGAUCUGCCAAUUCAGAUUAGCAGGAUCAUUGCAGCCUUUUUUGCUUAGAUACGAGAGUGAUGAAUUCAGUCAAUUUUUGUUGACUGAAAAUGGCCAUACAGUAUUUUCAUUUUUAGAUAGGCCUAUUAAAUACUAGUACCGUAGUUCUUAAUCAAAAAAUGUAGCAAUAAAACAAGAACGGGAUUCUAAAGAUACAUCAAAACUGAAAAUCAUGUUAAUAAUGGAGACUGAUAGACCGAGUAAUGGAUAGCUGGACUAACCGAACAACGAUACUAAGAUAGAUGCGAAUAGUUGAUGCAGAAAAUUAAGUUGGUAAUGUACUGUACUGUACUGUAUGUAUGAUUGAAUUUUUAUUAGGAAUCGAGGGGCGCUUAUUCAAAAUUGAGGGUGCUCUUAUUUAAAACAGGGCGCUUAAGACAAUUUUCACGUUAGGAAGGACGCCUAUUGAAGAGGGGCGCUUAUUCAAACGGGGGCGCUUAUUCACGCGAGUAACGGUAAUAAAAAUAGUAAAAUAUAUUUUUAAAAAUUGAAUAAGUAGCAUAACAUAUUAUUAUUAUUAUUAAUAUUAUAUUUAUUUUUAUUAAUAACAACAAUGAUGGUAAGAACACAAGCUAAAGAAUGUCUAUAUAUUAUAGGCCUACACCAAAUUAUAUAGGCCUAUUACACUGGUUUAUGAAUUUUAUACUAUCUACAUAUCUAAUGUAGAGUUCUGUUUAUGCAUUUUUAUUAUUUUAAUCAUUGACCGCAGUAACUUCCUGGCUAUUGUUACACCAGUCGCAUACCAAUUCAUGUAGGCUAUCUUUAUGUUCCAUACCAUAAAAAAUGCAUUGGAGAUGGUACAUAUAUCCUCAAGAAUACGUUAAUCUAUAAAGUUUGGAAAUACAAACCAGUUAUAAGUUAAAGAUAUUGCGGCGUUUUUUCUUUUUCUUUUAUGGGAAAUAAUUCGUUGUGUCAGCUAAAGUGAAAAAAACUGUACUUAGCAUUUCGUGCAACAUUUGCUUAGAUAAGUGGUUUAUUUUAGCUUCAUUAGCCCUGAGAAUGUUUUGUUAAUAAAGUUUAAAAAUUCUCAGCGGAUAGGCAUUUUGAAUCUUGUUAAGAAUACACCGCCUGUGUGGUAGGCUUAAAAUGUAGGCCUACACUGUGA